AUGCGAACUAUCAGUUAUCUCAUCGUCCUCAUCGCGGCCGUUAUGGCUAGCAAUAGUAAACCACAGUACGAUUUAAGCAAUGCUGCCACUUUGUUUGAAAAUUUCAUAAAGGACUACGAUCGGCAUUACAAAGAUGAAGCAGAUAAGCAGGCUCACUAUGAAGCGUUCGUGGAAUCACUGAGAGUUAUCAAUAAAGCCAACAAAGAACAAUCUUCGGCCACGUUUGAUAUAAACAACUUAGCCGAUUAUACGCCGGAAGAAAGGAAACAUUUGUUUGGUUAUAUGCCAAUUACAGAAGUAAAUUCCAGAAGAGAAGAU